AUGCCCGCCACGCCCCACGCCCGCGCGCCGCCGCCUGCGCCCUCCAGCCCGUCCGCAGUCGCGGACUGCGUGCCCGUAGACGACGAGGAGGCCGCCAGGGCCGAGCGCGACGACGUGGAGCGCCGCCGCUUCUGGCUGCUCAAGAUGCCGCAGCUGUACGCGCCCAAGCACCGCCAGCGCUACGUAUUCCUCAACCUGGACAACACGGCCGCCUCCAUGUUCAUGAGCCGCUCGCUGUUCCGCGCCAUCGCUGGGGCCCAGUGCCCGCACGACGUCCGCCUCAACUUCGAGGCGCUGACCGACCGCCUGUGCGGGUCCAGCUCGUCUGCUGUGGUCAUGCAUCAGCUGGCCACGUUCAGCAAGACCAGCCCGGCCAUCGCUCGCGCUCUGGAGAAGUUCGGCUGGACGCUCAAGCCCGUGGGCAACGACGACCAGGCGCUGCAGGAAGAGCUACUGAAGCAACUGCACAAGGGGGCAGCCACCGCCAACGGAAAGACCCUCGUGCUAGCCACGGGCGGGGGAGGGCUCGGCACGGGCCAUACGUCCGCGUACCAGGAGAUCAUCUCCAAGUUCCUGGUCGAGGGGUGGCACGUGGAGAUCCACGCGUGGUUGCGCGCGGUGAACGACGGCUACCUGAGGCUGCAGAGCGAAAACCCGGGGCGGGUCGUGGUCAAGCCGCUGGACGAUGUGAUUCAAGACAUCGCGUUCCUCAACAAGAACAAGAAGAAGAAAACCGGGGCGAAGCAUGUUUGCAGCGUCUUGAACCAAGAGGAAUCGCCGCUUACAGUGGCGGUGUCAAGCCCCGCAUCGGACACUGCGUCAAUUGUUUCUAUCUGCAACACGAGUCGGUCGGACGGAUCUCCUCGAGCGAUUAGUGUAUCGCCAAUCCUGAAACGCGCGCACUCGAUCCCUCCAGCGACAUCUCCAAACGCUUCGUGGAUCAAGGCGGCGAUGCAUGGGCAACAGGAGGCUUCAGUGGCAGCCCAGCCUUCUGACAGGCCUCCAGCGUCAACUUUUACGAGCCAACUCGAAGCCUUUGCUGCAGCGGCAACGUUCUCCACGCCCCGCCCCCGUGCCGAGUCUUCUCCACCAGUGACAACCUUCACCCCUAGUUCCCCCCCAACGGCUUCUCCCGCCUUCUCAUCUCCAACGCCAACAACACCCGCGUCUCCUUCGCUGAUGUCUCCAUUCGCCCCGAUGCCGUCGCAGCCAGCCUACCGCUGGAUGCUGUGGGAGCUCCAGCUCCAGCAGAUGCGGGAGUUGAUCUCAGCCCAGCAGGCAGACCUCGCGAUGAGGCAGUGCGCGCUCCAGCAGACGACGGAGCUGAUGCGGCUCAUGCAAGACCAAGACAAGAAACAGUGGCAGCCAGCCGCGUCGUUCCAGCAGCAGCAGCAGCCGAGCAACCCCUUGAGCGGCACGUGGGGGUUCUGA